CUGUCCGAAUCGCACGAACGAGCUUUGCCGCGGUGCCACGCGGAGCCAUGUUCCAAUGGCGCCACGCGGAGCCCUCGGGCGGCGCUUGGUGCAUCGGCACUGGGGGAGAUGGACGGGCAGCUGUCCAGCGCAAGUGGGUCUCAGUGACGGUGGAGAGUCUUUGGUGAAAGAAAGUGGUCAUCCACCAACAGCGGAAGUGCGAGAACAUGGACCAGAAAAGGAGCCAGAGGCGGUCGCCCAAAAGCAGGAUCAAGGCGCUUUAAAGGAAGCUCAAAAGCGAUCUGCCACAAGCGAGCUGAACAAGAAGAGAAAGCUGAGGAAGUCGAAGUCGCAAGAUGUUCCUUCAAAGCUGGUGAAACUGGAGGAACUUGUAAGCCAAUUAUCUCCAGAGCAGGAACUGGAUGCGCUCAGGCCGUUCUUUGACGGCGGAUGACUGACACGGACCCCUCAGGGGUGCUGAGAGACGCCUUCUCGAGCAAUCUGAAGGAGCUGAAAAGGCAUGACUUCAACAAGGCCAUCACGGCCUGUGCCAAGACAGCUCGCUGGGCGGAGGCCUUGCAGUUGUUAUGGGACCGGGAGGAUGUGGACGUCAUCAGCUUCAAUGCCACCCUCUCUGCCUGUGAACGCGCCUCCCAGUGGCACUUCGCUCUUCACCUCCUGACCCUCUUCGAUGCGAAGAACGACGAACUCGAGGCCAUCGCUGAACAGGCUGCAAAGGAAAGAGCUUUCCCAAAGGCAGACAUCAUCAGCUAUAACACCAGCAUGAGUGCUUGCGAGAAAGGGCAUCAGUGGAGCUUGGCGCUUCGCCUUUACGAAGAGCUGCAGGAGAAGGCAUUACGACCAGAUCACAUCACCUACAGCGUGGCUUUGAAUGCUUGCCAGCAGUGGACCGAGGCCCUCGAGCUUCUGAAGCGACUCGAGGAGGUUGCCACCUCCACGACUGAUGGUCAGACGAAGCGUAGCUUUGGGGCAGCGCUGGGGGUGAUGGAAAAGGCGGCACAGUGGCGAAGCGCUGUGGCGCUGCUGCAGCGCAUGAGUGAAUUGACGAUCGGCGCGACCAGCCAAUCUGUGGCACUCACGGUGAGCGCGGCGGAGAGGGCUGACUCUUGGUGGGAGGCCUUGCAGCUCUUUGAGCAUUUCGAUCCGAACCUUCGGCUGAAUGGUCACAGCUUCACAGUGGCCUUGCGCGCUGCGGAGAAGGGGCGCCAGUGGUCGAAGGCUGUGUGGUUGCUGCAGCGGAUGCAGGUGGCGCGAGUGGAACCGAGUCAGCACAGCUUGAGUACCGUCCUGCAGAUCUGUUGGAAAGCGAAGCGUUGGCGGGAGGUUCUGAAGAUCUGUGAGGACACCAAUUAUCUUCCGACGCAGAUCUCAGACAUCCAGGCAUUGCUGAGCUCCUGCGAGCAGUCUGGUCGAUGGGAGUUCGCACUUGGCUUGCUCUCUAUCCCACAGCUCCGGUCCAUUAUGACCCAGCACCAGAUGCUUCAUCUUGCAGUGAGCGCCCUUGCUGGGCACUGGGAGAUGGCCUUGAGCCUUCUGAACGAGGCUGCGGAGCCGGACGUGCAUGCGUACAACGCCUUGCUCGAGGCGGUGCCACAUCCUUUGAAGCUUUGGAUCUUGGAAUCCCAGCUCCUUCCGUCCCUGAGCCCCUCCUCCUCGCAGCUCCACUUCCGCCGCCUGCCGGUGCGCCUGGGCCCGGCGGGCACACGCCGGGCGGUGCGCUGGUGGCUGCACCGCUGGGUGGAGCCCGUGUUACGCGAGCGGCGGAAGAGCUACAAGUGCAGCAUCUCAUGGGAGAGGCGAAGCUCUGGGGUGGAGUCGCAACUGGGAGCCCUGCAAUCUGGAGUGAUGCAGAUGUUGAAGCACGAGCGCCUGUGGGCCUCUGAGGAGAAGGGCCAAAUUGAGCUGGACUUGACGCGCAGAGAUCUCAAGACUUUGCGGUGCUUAGAACGUGCUGCGCGCAAGAGCCACGGGCCCAACCCAGGGGAGAGGAGCGAGGCCUCGCUGGGAGCCCCAGACGUAGAGCUUGAUAUACUCUUGGGGGGUGGCCUUGGGCGGCUCUCGCAUCGCACCAUCGUCAUCCCGUGGGAGCUGGAAACUCUGGAAGCCAAGCGCCAAGAACUCUCCAAGGGUUUGCAGGUGAAUCCGGCUUUGCGGGAGAGCUGCAAGGAGAUUGCUUGGGCCUCCCUCAACAAACAGCAAGCUCGCCGUGGCUUCCAGUGGAUGUUGGAGUGCCUGGGUGGGCAUCAGUUUCGUCACUUCUCUCUUUCCGCUGAGAAGGUCCGAUCCAACAAAGCACGUGCCCCUCAAGGAGAAGAUGAACAGGAUGCAGGAUGGGACUUCAUCAUCAGCAACGGUGAGAGAGACAAGGAGAACUUGAAGCAGAUGCGCUGGAUCCAUCGCCACAUCCAAAAAGAAGGUUCUCCGAUCCAUGGUUGGAACGAGAAGUUGGUUCAGAGAGCUCUUGAUUGUCUUGCUAAUGACGGAUGUCUGGCCAAAUUGUCUGACAGAUAUGAUUUGACCAUCCAAGCCAUUCAGCCAGAAAUCUUGACCAUCUUGGAAGAUCUCUUGCCUCAUCUUCGUGGACAUUCCCUGUCAGCCCCGGAGUUUGAUUUCUUUCGUGGCAUCUUCUUCGACAAGGCCACGCCUGCCAUUUUUGACGAUGGUGAAAUCGGUAAUGAGACCAUCAAAAAGAAAAAGGCAUUCUCAGAUGUGGGAGAUUCUGAGACCAUCCUGAAAGAAAGGUGGACGGCAGCGAAGUUCGUGAUGCAUCAGCUUCGCAUCUUUGUAGACAACCAGUACAACCCAGAGGGUCAAGAAGGCGAUGUUGAUGGUGUUUUCUCAGCAGAAGUCUCCCAUGAGUCUUUCAUGAAGCUGGUCCGUCCAGCCGUGGGCUACAUCGCCAAUGCCGAUGCUAUGGCAAUUCUGAAAAGGGCUGCCUUCAUCGUGUUUGCUGAGAAGUACAUCUAUUUCCGACCACCCACUGAGAAGCACGUCAAGGUGCAGCGUGUUUUUUGGACCAACUCAGAUUCAAAGGACAUUCUUCUUCCAGUUUGCAAGCCAACCCUGAAGAAUUGGAAAAAUGGUGGGCCUCAGCCGGAUACUUAUUCUGGGAGACUGAAUGGUUGA